AUGGCUCAAGCAUUGGAUCUGAUCUGGGUGGUGAUCUCUUUUCUUCUUCUGAUUAACCUGUCAAGUCAACAAGAAACCGGGUUUAUCUUCAACGGUUUUCGCCAGGGAGAUCUUCAUCUUGAUGGGGUUGCUCAAAUCCUUCCCGGUGGACUCUUGCAGCUGACCAACACUUCAGGGCAGAAGAUGGGUCAUGCCUUCUUCAGGCAGCCCUUUGAGUUCAAUUCAUCUGAAUCUCUCUCCUUCUCAACGCAUUUUGUGUGUGCAAUGGUGCGUCAACCGGGAGUAACUGGCGGAAAUGGGAUUGCUUUCUUCCUAUCUCCUUCCAUGGAUCUCUCAAACGCAGACGCAACUCAGUACUUGGGUCUUUUCAACACCACAACCAACAGAUCUCCUUCAUCUAAUAUCUUUGCUGUUGAGCUCGAUACUGUUGAGAGUGCAGAGUUCGAUGACAUCGAUAACAAUCAUGUUGGUAUCAACGUGAACAGCCUGACCUCUGUCGAUUCUGCCCCAGCUUCUUACUUUUCAGAGAAAGAAGGUCUGAACAAAAGCAUCAGUUUCUUGAGUGGAGAUUCCAUCCAGGUAUGGGUUGACUAUGAUGGAACUGUACUAAACGUUAGACUCGCCCCUCUUGGAAUCCAGAAGCCAAGCAGGAAUCUUUUGUCAAGAUCCAUCAAUCUUUCUCAAGUUCUCCAGGACAGGAUGUUUGUCGGGUUGUCUGCAGCGACAGGGCAACUAGCAAAUAACCAUUACAUACUCGGUUGGAGUUUCAACAGAAGCAAGGCCUCAUUACAGAGCCUGGACAUCUCCAAACUCCCCCGAGUCCCUCGUCCUAAACCUAGUUAUAAACCGCCUCUCAUGCUGAUUCUUCUGUUGACUGUACUUGGAAUCAUACUGCUGGUGAUUCUAGGAGGGGCUUAUCUGUACAAGAGAAACAAGUACGCAGAGGUAAGAGAGGAAUGGGAGAAAGAGUAUGGUCCACACCGUUACUCGUACAAAUCCAUUUACAAAGCAACAAACGGAUUCCACAGAGAUGGGUUUCUUGGUAAAGGAGGAUUCGGAGAAGUCUACAAAGGAACUCUGCCUCGUGACCAAGACAUAGCCGUGAAAAGAUUCUCACACGACGGAGAACGAGGGAUGAAGCAGUUCGUGGCUGAGAUCGCAAGCAUGGGUCGUUUGGAUCACAGAAACUUGGUUCCGCUUCUCGGUUACUGCAGGAGAAAAGGCGAGUUUCUUCUCGUCUCAAAGUACAUGCCUAACGGGAGUCUUGACCAGUUCUUGUUUCACAACAGAGAACCAUCUCUUCCUUGGCUGAAAAGGCUUGCGAUUCUGAAAGGAAUAGCUUCAGCACUUCACUACUUGCACACAGGAGCCACGCAAGUUGUUCUACACAGAGAUAUCAAAGCGUCUAAUGUGAUGUUGGAUACAGAGUUCCACGGAAAGCUUGGAGAUUUUGGUAUGGCGAGGUUCCACGACCAUGGAGCCAGUCCAACCACAACAGGAGCUGUGGGAACUGUAGGAUACAUGGCUCCUGAGCUAACUUCAAUGGGAGCUUCGACUAAGACCGACGUGUACUCGUUUGGAGCAUUCAUGCUCGAAGUAGCUUGUGGGAGGAGACCUGUAGAGCCUAACAUGAGGGCCGAGAAACAGUUUCUGGUGAAAUGGGUUUGUGAUUGCUGGAGAAAGAAAGCUACACUCGAUGCUCGAGAUCCCAAAUUGCGUGGAGAAUCUUCUUCGUCUCGGUCUGUAGAAUUGGUGAUGAAGCUAGGGUUACUGUGCACGAAUCUCGUGCCGGAAUCGAGGCCUGACAUGGAACAAGUUGUGCAGUACCUUGACGGGCUGAUUCCGUUGCCGGAUUUCUCUCCAGAUUCUCCCGGAAUUGGGAUUCUUAGUCCGGUGAUGGUCGUAGCUAGCUCCUCCGUGAUCUCUAACACUUCCGCUCCGGCAACUGAAUCUAUGUUUAUGACUCACUCGAUCCAAUACGGAGUUGGACGAUAA